CUCUACAUGAAGCUACAUAAAUAGAAAGUUUCAUUUUCAAGAUUUCAUAGAAAUCAUCUACAUGAAGCUAAUAUAAACAUGAUGGAAAAUUUAGAGUUAUAAUUUAUGCCUCUGUUUCUGUGUGCUGCUCUGUUCUGCUGUAUAUGUGCCUCUGUAUCUAUGUGCAUGGUGAAAAUAGUGAAAAGGAACCAUUAUCUGGAACUGUUCCUGCGAGACGGUUGUUUGAUAGAUCCCUGCAUAACAAUGCAAUACAAGAACAUCACAUAUUUAUAUAUGCUAUAUAUACAUAUUUAUAUAUGUUUUUUUUUUCCUUCAUUUUUUAUGUCUAGUCCAGGCAUGAACUUGAUAACUACAAUUAUUGGGUUUGGAAUGAUUGCCACUUUCAUUGUGUUUGUCUGCUCCAGACUGAUCUUUGGGAGGAUUAGAGGCGUUGGCUCAAGGCAAAUGUCUGAGAUUGAGUCUAGGAUUGAUCUUGAACAGGCUGCUAAUAUAGAAGCUGAAGGCUCUGGAAUUCCUGAUUGUGAAUACCAAUUGACAAAGCAUGAAGUUUCCUGUCUAGGGCAUGGAAAAUAUAGUGAAUGCAGCACCACUGAAUCAUCUGAUGAUAUUGAGAAACAAGAGCUUGAAGACGUCUCAGAUGAAGAUGAUACCUCCUAUUUUGACACAAUAGAGAAUUUUUCUGAAACAACUCUUAGUUGUGGGUCUGUUGCUGGAGUUACAGAUAACAUCAGUAAGUGUAUGGGACCUGAAAAGCAAUUUGAUGAUAGGAAAAAUUUGAAUGCUCAGAAGGAAGCUAUUAGCUCCACAUAUCCACAAAUUGAAAGGCGAAAGAAGCUUCCAGAUCCGGUUGAAAAGGAGAAAGGGGUCAGUCUUUGGUCCAUGAUCAAAGACAAUGUAGGAAAAGAUCUAACGCGAGUUUGUCUCCCUGUGUACUUCAAUGAGCCAAUAUCAUCUUUACAAAAGUGUUUUGAGGAUUUGGAGUAUUCGUAUCUGUUGGAUCGUGCAUAUGAGCAUGGAAAAGCGGUAUGAUUAUAUGUUCGUUACCUCUUAUUGUCUUUGCUUAGGGGGUAGUGUAUACUAGUGUCUGUAAAUUGUCUUUUGUUUCAUUUCAUUGCAUUGUCUUUUCCUCUAUUAGACGUUUGAAGUGGGUUAGUUUGGAUAUGCAUUGGUUUAAUAUUACUAAUGUAUUCCAUUAUGUA